AUGGCAUCGUCGGAAUAUAUGGCCGCGCUUGAAGGUCUGGGAAACAACUUUUGGGAACCGACGACGUCUCAUACUUGCACCACUUUUGAUUCAGACAUGACAAGAACCCGAGCGGCCCGUAAGCCUGCGGAUCAAUGGGAAGGAUUAAAGGAGGUUAUCCGCAAGGAAUACAAAUCCAAGACUCUCGAGGAGCUGAUUAUAUUCCUGGGUGAGCAAUAUGAUCUCGACGUUACAAAGCGCCAAAUUGUCUACAGACUAGGCCUUUGGGGUUUCAAGAAGUAUGGUGUAACUCAAGAUCAACUUGCGAUCGAAUCCAUCUUCCAAGACGGCUCAUACAAGUAUGAUCAAGCCAAUCAAGAAAUCCAAGCAGCGACUGCAAUUUUCGCUGCCGGCGGCGGCGGCGAUGGGUUCGCUUGGAUCGCAUAUAAAGACGGUUAUCUCAACACUGAGGGGCAUGCAAACCGCCUUGUGGCCCUAUGUCGAUCAGCCGAGACGGAACAACAAAUUCAGGAAGCGUUGGAUGUACUGGGGCAACACAAGCUUCAGUCAGGCGAUCAACAUAUCCUGAUGUAUGUCCACGUCUUGGAAAGCAUGAAUGAUGAGAGAUGUAGGAACGACAAACUCCAACUGGAAGGUCCCAUGGCAAGAAACGUCACCGACGCCGUUUCUUCAAUCCUCGAUAGGUCUGGGAAAGGCUUCCUGCUCAAGGCAGAUGGCACUGUUGAUCUUUUUGCUUUCCAUUUGCUAGACGUCAUCUACGAGCGCUAUUCGGCGUGUCUCGAUAAGUCGCAAGAAGACAAGCUCCGAAUCCUCCUGGACUGCCUGGAAGGCUGGGUCCUCUCGCGAGACAAGAACGGGGCGACGACGUCUGCGGCUCUCGAUACACUAAGGGAGUGCGUGCAGUGGUGCAGCCAGAGGCUCGAGGAAGUCUGUACAGGUUUCGCCCAGACAAAACAGACAAAACGGCCCGAUCUCUGCUUUCCUCACAGCCAGGAUGAUUUGAUAUGGAAGGAGCACCUUGAAGUGUAUGGAACUUUAUGGUAUAGACUGACUUUGCAGCAAGAAGCUGAAAAGGUCGAGGAGGGCGUCAAAAAAGCAGGAGAAGAAGACGGCGCUGGCUGGCUUGGAUGGGCCUGCCGUGCCAGGAACGAUCUCGGCAUCUCGCACGCGGAGGUGCUCUCGUACGUGUGCUGGGUCCUCGUGAACUACGAAGCAAACAGCACUACCGGGCACGGUACGGGAACCGUUGACAUGACGACGACGGCAAACGGGUAUUAUGGCGGAUCGGCGGGGAAUGAGUACAACGAGUCGUCCGCGGAGAGCUUGUUCCUUCGAGUCAAGGCCGCCGCCAAUGUGAUGAACGGAGCCGAGCCUAGUAUCUUGUGGCAUAGGUUCCUGUAUGCCUUCAAGGAUUUCAACGACCUUACGGGCGGGAACGAUGAGUUUGGGGACGUCGCGGUGAGGGCGGCGGAGUAUAAGCGUUUCAGGGGAGGGAUCGUGGCCGAGUUUGCGAGCUUUGUAAGGGAAGCUCUGAGUGAAUUUCAGGAUUUUAAGCCAGGCGAGGCAAGAGAUUGUUCAUGUAAUCCAUAA